AUGACUCUCCUAAAGAGGCAUCUUCACCGUAUGAAACAGCAACCUGAACAGACCAUCCACAUUUAUGUCUUUGAAUUACAAGUUCUUUGGGAUCAGUUAACACAGUGUGAUCCUGAAUUGGAUAGUACUUCUGCAGCUACUACUUACUCCAAGCUUCACGAUUGCCAACGUGUUUGGCAUCUUCUGAUGACUCUCAGGGAUGAGUAUGAACCUAUUAGUGGUACUCUACUUCAUCAUAGCCCAUUGCCUUCUCUUGAAGUUGUAAUCAAAGAUUUGCUUUAUAAAGAAACUCGUCUAAAAACGCUUCGAGAUGAGCGAUCCUUAUUAUCUACUGAUGUUGUUUUUGCUACUCCGAGUACAUCUGCUAUUUCUUCAACUAAACCUUCAAAAUGGACCUUCUGCAAUUACUGCAAGAAGACUGGUCAUACUAUUUCUGAGUGCCGCUGCUUGCAAGCCAAAAUGGCGUCUGGACAGAAGUCCUCAUCCAUGGGUUCUCAGGCUUCUAGUUCUACUGCAGCUGCUGCCACAGAGAAUUCUUCUGAUAACACCUCUCCAAAAUUUUCCCUUAGAGAACUCCAAGCUCUUGUUCACCAGCUCCAACCUGAUUCUGGUAUGCCUUCUAAUUCAGCCUUGUCUGUCACUCCAGGUACUACCUCAUCAUGGUAUUUUGAUUCUGCCUGCUGCAAUCAUAUGACAUCAAAUUCAUCACUGUUUACUUCCCAAUCACAUCCUUCUAUUGCACCAACUGUUCAUACUGUCGAUAGUUUCAUCUUAACUGUCAAAAGUGAUCCACGGACAGGGAAGAUCAUUGGGACAGGCCGUAAGGUUGGGAGACUGUUUGAGCUAUCAUCUUUUCAAUUACCAUCUCUUGCUGCUGUUGUCACCUUUAGUGUCUGGCAUUCUCGCCUUGGUCACAUUUCUACCUCAGGAUUAGGAUGA